AGGAAUCUGCAAAAAGGUUUUGAAGUUGUACAAUGGAUUCUCCGUUGCUUAUCAGAUGCACACAUGGCGGACCCGGGACAGCUUAAUAUCUAGGUGUAUGAAGGCGAGAAACUUGGAAUCCGCGAGGAUUGAGGAGUGAGAAAUAUUUAACGGAAAAUGAGGACACUCGCCCCAUUGCCGCCUCCUCUUCUGGGCUUCCCUCAUCGUCCCCCGUCUCAAAAUCACGUCUUCUAUCCCUUUCUCUAUCCCCAUUCGCCUUCCACACGCAAUUCCCUAAAAAUCCCCAACAAAACUAUAGUGUUCCGUCUCAAUUCCAAUGACCCCAAGGAGUCUCCUUUCUUCGACGAAAAUAGCGCCGUCGAGGAUAUGGAAGGCUACCUCAACCAACUCUCCCUCGAGUACGACUCUGUCUGGGAUACUAAACCGUCAUGGUGUCAACCCUGGACAAUAACCCUAGGGAUCUUAAUAAUUGCCGCUAGCUGGUUAAUUUUGCGCUCUGUGGCUGUCACUUCGGUCAUCUUGCUACUAAUUUGCGCUUGGUGGUACAUCUUUCUGUAUUCUUAUCCAAAGGGAUAUUCAGAAAUGAUUGCUGAGCGGAGAGGCAGAGUUACAAGUGGUGUAGAAGACACAUUUGGUCGUAAGAAGAAGCAGUGAUUUGGAUGAUUCGUUGUUGUGCUUAUUUUUCUCCUUGCUGUAACUACCUCUGCCUGUAUUGAGUGUAUUCUGAUAUUCUCGUAUUCAAAUACAAUAUAACAGGUUUUCAGGCAUAGAAAUCAAGAGGCAUAUCUUUACAAAUAACUCUUA